CCGCGCGUCUGGUACAGGCGCCUGCGCCGCAGCGACGCUGCUGCUGGUUGGUCCGCACGUGGAACCGCACCUGGUCACGUUGACCCGGGCCCUUUGGACCCUCCAGCUUGGUCCAGUCCGGGAUUGGACGCUCGCCAUGGCGACAACUGCGGCGAAGACACGCGUGUUUCUGGAGGUCCGGAGACAGCUGCAGAGCGCGCUGCUGAUCCUGGGAGACCCAAAAGAAGGAGCUAUGCCCCUGGAUAUUUCCAUAAUGCCAUCUUCACUCCAGGUGAAAACCCCUGAAGGCUGCACGGAAAUCCAGCUUCCAGCAGAGGUCAGGCUUGUACCUUCCUCUUGCCGUGGGCUGCAGUUUGUUGCUGGAGAUGGACUGCACCUGCGGCUGCAGGCAAAGGCAGAAUUAGGCACAAAACUGAUUUCAAUGUUUAAUCAACACUUACAAGCCCAAGAAUGUUGCACAUUUUAUUGCCAAUCCUGUGGUGAAGUCAUAAUAAAAGACAGGAAGCUGCUCAGGGUGCUCCCACUGCCAAGUGAGAAUUGGGGAUCUCUAAUUGGAGAAUGGUGUUGUCAUCCCGACCCCUUUGCUAAUAAACCACUUCAUCCGCAAGAAGAGGACUGCUUUAUUGGAGACUCUUUCUUUUUGGUGAAUUUAAGAACCAGUUUGUGGCAGCCAAGACCUGAACUAUCUCCUGUGGAGAUGUGCUGUGUUUCUUCUGACAACCAUUGUAAAUUGGAACCAAAGGCAAAUACCAAAGUAAUUUGUAAGCGUUGCAAGGUAAUGUUGGGAGAGACCAUGUCAUCAGAAACUACCAAGUUUUAUAUGACAGAGAUCAUUAUUCAGUCAUCUGAGAGAAGUUUUCCCAUCAUGCCAAGGUCUCAGUUUGUCCAGAGCGUGAUUGCCCAGUGUCUGGUGCAGCUCUCCUCUGCUAGAAGCACUUUUAGAUUCAUGAUUCAAGGUCAGGACAACAAAGUGUAUAUCUUGCUAUGGCUUUUAAAUUCAGACAGUUUGCUGAUUGAAUCUUUGAGAAAUUCCAAAUAUAUCAAAGCAUUCCCCUUGUUGGAAGACACAUUGAAAGCACAUUCUAGUUCUGCCUGGAGUGCUGUCAAGGUCCUCUACCAACCAUGCAUCAAAAGCAGGAAUGAAAAGAACGUGAGCAUGACUGGAUUUUUGCUAUCCGAGGGGAGUCCUGGAACCAAUCCCUGUGGAUACGAAGGGAUGACUGUAUAUUCACAGAGUAACCUAACAACAGAGAUAAGCCUUGUCAACUCGUGGGAAAGUGACAUCAGCAUCCACCCCCUAACCCUGCCCUCUGCAACCUGCUUGGAGCUGCUUUUGAUAUUAUUGAAGAGUAAUGCCAGUCUGCCUUCAUCUCUUCGCCAUAUGAAUUCCUUUCAGGAAGACGACUGGAGAGUACAGAAUGAACUGAUGAUCAAGUCUUAUAUUAAGGUAAUAAAUGAAAAGGCUGUGUCACAAAAUCUAUUCAUGUCCACCCUAGUAUUUUUGCCAAAAUGUUCUUGCUGUGACCUACUUCUGCAGAUAAGAAAAAUGACUUUGCCAUCCUUCUAUGACAUUAUAGCUAUAGUGAACUGUUCCCAAGUGUCUUGGUGUAGGUGGCCUUGUGAGAAUAAGCAUUAAUUAUUUUCAGACUGCUGAUGCAUCACCUCUGGGGUGUCUAUAUUUGUCUUCUAAGAAUGCAUCAUCACUCUCUAAUUAUAGGUGAUCUGGUGGGAUUAGAUCUUUUGAGUUAAACAGACGAGGAUGACACAAAAUAUGCAUGGCAAGUAAACAUUUGAAAAACUGGCGAGCUGCAGUGAUUGUUAGGAUCCAAACUAUACUGCAGUGUUCAGAAUAACACUCAGAAUAGUCUUCACAUUGUCAGAGUCACCACCUGCCUAAUGCCUACAUUUUAAAUCACUCGCCAAUUGAGUUUAUUUUUAUGUUUCAGCUUGAAAAUUUAUCACCUAAUUCUAAUUCUUGAAAUCUUGCAAUGUUAUCCCAAUGGAUUUUGUGAAAAAUCAGGAAAUCACCAUGGAAUCUCCUGGACACUGCUCUUUGAUAGCCAUCUCUGCAGAACCAGGAAGAGCAGUGAGGGCUGUGGCACCUUGGUCUUAACUUUGAGGCUUCUGAGGCAGUACAGAGCAGAACUCUGAGCAAAGUUUUAAAGAGGAGAUCAUUUUCUGGCCAGGAUGCUUUGCCAAGUAACGUGGAAGUAAUAGAGUCUGGGUUGAAAAUAACAAAGCUUCCAGUCUCUUUUCAGCUCCAUCCUAUAAAAGGUUAUUUUCUCUGAUGUUGAUGCAGAAAAGUAAUAAACCUAGAUUCUAGUUAUAUAAUUAAUUUAGCCAAUCAUUCAUUCAGGCAACAAAUAUUUACUAAAAACCUGUGUGCAAGACCUCAUAGAGGGAUAUACAGAGAUUUAGAUAAGACAUUGCCCUUCCACAUGAAUGGUCCUUUUGUGGACAGGAGUGGAUAAGCAAGGGUAUUACUGGGAAAUCUAAAACACAUAGUGUAGCCAAGAAGAGGCAUUUGGGUCCCCUUUUCAGUGUCUGUGUGUGUGGACUGUGUCACAUGCAGGGUUUGGGAAUUUAAAAUCACCAGUGCUUUUCCUCUUUUCUUGAAUGCCAGUCUAAGAAGUAGCUUUCAGGAAUCAGAAAUUAAAGUUUUUAAUCAAUGACGAACAUAAAGCUGGAGGAUUUGAACAUGUUGAAGGUGGUGACCAAAGUACAGAGGUGCCUUUCUUGUCCCCCACAAUCACUUCUGAAACUCCAUGCCAUUUUAAACAGUGAAGUUGAGAGGUAGGGGAAGGAUAGCAUCCAAUUUCAUUCCCCUACUGAGCAGCAGAUGUGCCCACAGGAACAACUGCACAGUGUGAGGUUGUCAGGUUUCCAAAAGAAUUUAGCUAAUGGGCUUCAUUGCUCAUAGACUUCGAAUCCCAGAGAAUCAACAUGAAGGUGAGAGACAAGUACAAAACUUGAAGCUUCUAAGAGUGAGUAAGUGAGGAAGUUUUUGUGAGCAGUUUUUCUAACCCAGGUGUUCUAAUUUGCCACACCCAAAAUCUGAAGCAGCUACCCCUGCAUAAAGGGAAAGAAAGCAGAUGUGAAUGCUUAUGUUAAAAGUCAGCUAAAGUUCUUAGCUGCAGCAAAGGCCAGAAAAUUGAAGGAGCUCUGCAGCAUCUUCUCUGGAGGCAUUUCUGAAUAAUAUCUCUGUUGAAUGGCUUAGCUGUACAGGUAAUGGGAAAAGCUGACUCAGAGCUGCCUCCAGGCUUAACAGAGAAUAUAUUCUGGGUACCAUUGUAAGUAUUAGGGAAGGCCUGAAAAUCACUGGCAGAAAGGCUAAUGUUAUACAGUUCAGAUUCCCUCAAGGAAGAAAAUGUUUAUGCAAUUCAACGUUAGUAACCUGAAUCAUAAGCUGCUUGUUUUCUGCAAACAUCAGAGUUAAUAGUACCUGUACCCUAAACUAGUUCAUGGCAUUGCAUUUUCAGAUUCAUUUUUCUUUCCACAUAAGAACAACUUUUAACUUUGUACCAGGAGUGUUCUCUUAGAUUCAGAGAGAACCACAGAAGUAAGUUGCCAACUUGUUACUGUGACCUGUGGGACAGUCCUCACCCAGUUUCAUACUUGUCACACUCCGUGACUACUUCAAACUGCAUGAAUUGAGCACAGAGCCAUGGGCCCAGGAAGAGUGUGGUACUCCAGAGUGGAGCGAGUGAAAUGCUGAGGCUUACUGGGAAACCUGGGCUGACUCACCUGAAGCCUGAGCCAGGCCCUGUUCCACUCCCACACUGCUUUAUGACUCCAAGGCUGUCUUUGUGCACUGACUGUGUAAACAUCUCCCUGAGGCCUUCAGGACGUUUGGAGUGGCACAGAACAUGAGUAAGUUAUACAAGUGGAAAAAGGGAAGAAAGAAAGAGUGUAUUUGAAAGGAGAGUUGUUGAGAUGAAGUCCUAUACCCCAUCCUUCUCCUAAUAUUUUUUAUUUUAAUAAAGAUAUAUUAAGCAUAGUGAAACUCAUAGGAUUGAAAUAUGAAAUUCCCCCACGCCCCCUCAAUCUUCAGGAGUUAGAAAAGGUGUUACUGAGUUUCUUUUUGUACAAGUGAUUUUUGGUUACAAAGAUGAAUUGUGUAGCCGUGAAGUCCAUGCACUAGUGUCACCCAUAUAGUGUACAUUGUACCCAACUAUUGACAUUUUAAGAUGUAUUUUUUUUUUUUUUUUUUUUUUUUUGGUAGAGAGCUGUCCUGUUCAUCUCAGGCCUCUACCUAUAGAAGCCGGUAGCAUUCCCCUAGUUAUGACAAUAUGACAAUCAAAAAUAUCUCCAGACAUUGCCAAAUGUUCCCUGGUUGAGAACCACUGAUACACACCCAUGUAACCAUUAUCCAAAAAGAAGAUUUAGAUUAUAUCCAUUUCACAUAAAGUUCCCUUCAGGUCUUUUACAGUCAAUCUUCCCUCUUUGAAAACCACUCUUUCUAUUUUCUAUCUUCUUAGAUUCAUUUUGCCUGUAUUUGGACUUUGUAUAAAUUGAAUCAUACAGUAUGUACUCCUUGUUGUCUGGACCUGCCACUUAACAUAGUGUUUUUGCAAUUUAUCCAUAUUAUUGCAUUUAUUAGUAUUUCAUUCCUUUUUGUUGCAGAAUAGUAGUUCACUGAAUAAAUAUGCCACGAUUUGUUAAUCAGUUCUCUUGUUAGUGGGCACAUACAUUGUUUCCUGUUGGGGGCUAUUUUGAAUAAGGCUGCUGUAAAUAUUCUGGUAAAAUCUUUUUGUGGACUUGUUUUCAGCUCAGGUACAUAUCUAGGAAUGGAAUUACUGGGUUGUAGGGUAGACGGAUAUUUAACUUUUAAUAAAUUGCUAAACACUUUUGCAAAGUGCAUGUGCCAUUUUACACUCCCAGCAUCCAUGUCUGAGAGCUCCAGCUGUUCCCUGCUUCAUCAAUGACAUCAUUUUGUGAUGCCAACCUUUUAUUUAGCUAUUCCAGAUAUCUAAUUAUGAUUCUCACUUGCAUUUCCCUAAGGAUCAAUGAUAUGAGCACCUUUUCAGGUGGUUUAUCUUCUCUUGUGAAAGAUCUGUUUAAGGCUUUUUAUCAUUGAUUGUAGGAGUCCUUUUCCCUUCCUACAUCCCCCACCAGUACUCAUAAUUGUUUUGAGUUUUUACAGGAAACUCAGGGACUGAGAAACCUUUGGGCAUCUGAAUAAAUUUGAUCUAAAUUAUAAAAACCACUAUGAAACAUGCCUUCUGGAUUUUGUUUGUUUGUUUCCACUUCCAAACAUCCUGUGAGUUUAGAGAGUAUUUUCCUUAGAGGUUAGAAAUACUCCUCCUAAUUAGCCAGACAGGUAUACAGAACUACUUUAAUUUUCUAUGGCAUAGCCUUCCAGUGCGCACAGCCCCUACACAGCAACAGCCUGACCUCAUCCUUCCACAGCUUUGACAAGCAAAUUAACAGCAGGAACCUGUCCCCACAUAAAGCAGUGAGUCACUUUUAUAAUUCCAUGCCCAAGGGAGUUUUGUGGUGAGCCUUUUUCUGGAAGCAGUUAUUUCUCCCUUCUCCCUCCAUUUUUCUUUUACUCAUACAGGAAUGUCUUUACCUAGUUAAAAAAAAAAAUUAAUUCCUCUAUCUAGAAAAAUUCUUUUUUCCAUUCCUAUUUUCUGAUAACAGAGCUUAGCUGUUUCCUUUUAAUUACAGUGGAAAAGGGAGGAACUCAUGAACUUUUUACUAGUUAAGACGGUUUUAAGGUAGUAUUUUCUACAGAAAGAUUCAUCUCUGAGUAGUUUAGGACCUUGUUUCUAAACAGGAUACAAGGACACUUGAAGCAGGGUGUUUUCUCACUGCACUUUGAAAAGGGAAUGCAGUGGCCUGCAGAAGGGGAGUGGCGUGUAUUAGGUGUAUACAUGUGUUUAAGUGUUCAAAGUGCUUUGUAAGCAAUAAAGCAAUCUCCAGAUGUGAUGGCUAAAUACCAUUCUCCACUAAAAGGAAACAGGCUUCUUGGGAAAAUGGCUGAUUCUAUGUCUGAGAUAAAAAUGUGCAAGACAAGACUGAGUUCUGUCUUACCGUAAAGUGAGGAGAAAAGUAAUCGAAUUAUUAUAAACUACUGGGAUCAUGUCAAAAGGACUCAGGCUUUAAGUUGAAGAGUUUCCUACUGAUAACGAUGGGCAGGUUUGAGUAUCCGUGAGAAAGACUGCAGUGGAUUAAAGCAUAUCAAAUAUAUUUCAAAUCCAUGAAUUCACAAGGACACUAAAAGCAUAAAAGUAGUCACAUUUUAGUCUUUGGAAAACUCUGCAGAACAAAAGGCCUAAUUUCUUUGAAACACAAAUUGCAAAUGGAGAAAAGAGGAAAGAAGAAGAAUCUAUUAUUUAAGAGCCAAGACUUAUUAGUUGUAAUACUUAUACAACAUGGAUUCUGACUUAAACUAACAUCAACUGUUAAAAAAAUGUAUGAGCUAGUUGGGGAAAUGUGGUCACUGACAGGAUAUUUGGUUAUAUUAAGGAAUUGUUGAUAUUUUAAAUGUGAUCAUGGCAUUGUGGUUUUAUUUUUAUAGUAGCCUUUCUCUUUUAAACAUACAUACUGAAUCAUAUGUGAUUUGCUUCAGAAGAGGUCUGUGGCAGGGAUUUGGAUGAAACAAAUGGUCGUGAGCUUGUAAUCGUUGUUUCUGGUUAAUAAAUACUUGUAGAUUAAUUAUAUCUUCACUAGAGAAUAUAUUAGUAUUUGAAAUUUUUCCGUAAGUUAAAAACAAAACCAGUUUAGUACACUACAGACUAUUAGUGUUAAGGGUUUAUUGGAGAGUGAAAGCAGAUGUUUGAACAGGGAGAGAGGAUUGCUGGGAUGACUAGAUGUAAGUAAGAAACUGUGUCUUGCUGGCCUUGUUUGUUGGUAUGUUGCUGUGAAAAGAUUAAUAUCCAGUGAUUUAACCUGCCCCCAACAUUUUCCUCUCUGCAUUUGUUUAUUAGCAUCAUACUAGUGUUAUAAACCCGGGGUUCUUGAGAAAAGAAAUGAGAGCAUGCACGCUUACUUCAUGCUGGUUGGUUGUCCAAAGAUCCCUACUGAGGGACCCAUCUGGAUCCACUGUUUUUCCAUUGAUCUUUAAUGCCUUAGAAAGAUGAAGACUCAAAGAAAACUAGCGGAAAACUUAUAAAAGUAUGUUUUCAAAGGAAUGUUUUACCCCUAAAUUGAAAGAAAAUAGAGGAGAACAUUUUGCAAAGGAGUGUAUAAGGCCUUAUCUUUAAAUAUACCAAAUGGAAUACUUCUGAGAGAACACUAGGCUCAAUGACAUAAUUGUUAAUGUUCAUAAUCUUUUAGCAAUUUAGGUGUGUUAAAGACAUAUAAAAUAAUAUAUGAGUUUCAAAUUUUUCUCUACUCCCCAUCAAAACAGUAUAUUUUCUUUCAUGGCUUUAUACUUUCAACAGGUUAUGGUCCUUACUCCCAUCACAUUAAAAUUUAUGUUUCUGCGUCUCCUUUCAGGACUUCUUCAAUCCUGAAAACUGGGGCCAAUAGACUUACUUGAUGAGAAAUUAUUUCUCAUUUUGCUGCAGAAGAGCCCCUGAAUUUUUAGUGCUACAUUUGCAGCUCUUCAAUCACGAAUUUCAGGUCCCAUUGAGGCAGGUGGAGGCCUUUGGUUGUAAGCUUUCCCAGACUUGAGUUUGAGAGAGUGCCUGCAGGGGGCAAUCACAGAAAUUGCAGUAUCUGACUCAAUCCUUGACCAACCAGAAGAGGAGGGGAGGCCUGUCUUACAGAUGAAGACACCAAAGCCUGAAGACUGGGCAGUCUCACCAUGUUGUCUCUGACACACAUGUUCCUCCUCCUAAGCCACGCUGCCCCUUUAGCUGUACACUGGGCCAGCUCUGACUUGGAUUGAAGUGUGCAAAUUAGUGAACUAAUGAGGACAAGUCAUAGAACUUGCAUUUCUAUAGAAGGAUGGCAAGAUGUAGGUCUCAUAGUGAACUAGAAGCCGGCAGUUUGUGAUAGCCAAUAUUAAAGGCUCAUGAUAUUUUCCAAUGAAAUAUGAGUAAGCAUUGGUCAUUUCCAAGUAUUCAGUGUCCCAGUAACCAGAAAAGUCCAGUCCACAAUGAAAUACACUAAUUAUUUAGUUAUUACAGGUCAUAUUUAGUCUAUCCAUUCCCAUGAUUAUUCAGUGUCUGAGUGAAUAAUCAUCCAGACUCUUAAGUUAAUCUUAUGAUUUAAGCUGAAUAUACAGGGCAUACUGCAGGGAUUGCGAGUUUGGUUCCAGACCAGCACAAUAAAGCGAGUAUCUCAGCAAAGGAAGUCACAUGAAGUUUUUGGAUUCCCAGUUUAUAUAAAAGGUAUGUUUACACUGUACUAUAAAUGUCUAAAAACACAAUGUACAUAUCUAAUUGUAAAAUAUUUUAUUGCUGCUAAAAAAAAGAAAAGAAAAAAGCUAAUGAUUUCUAAGCCUUCAAUGAGUCCUGAUCUUUUCACUGGUGGAGAGUCUUGCCUCUGUGUUGAUGGCUGUUGACUAAGAGAGUGGUGGCUGAAGGUUGGCGUGCCUGUGACAAUUUCUUAAAAUAAGGCAGCAGUGAAGUUUGCCACGUCAAUUGUCUUGUUUUUCAUGAAUGAUUUCUCUGUAGCAUGUGAUGCUGUUUGAUAGCAUUUUACCCACAGUACAACUUCUUCCAAAAUUAGAUUCAGUCCUCUCAAACCCCACCACUGAUUUAUCAGCUAAGUUUAUGUAAUAUUCUAAAUCCUUUGUUGUCAUUUCAACAUUGUUCACAGUAUCUUCACUAUGAGAUUUCAUCUCAAGAAACCACCUUCUUUGCUCACCCAUAAGAAGCAACUCCUCAUUCAUUCAAGUUUUAUCAUGAGAUUUUGGCAAUUCAGUCAUAUCUUCAGGCUCCACUUCUAGUUCUAAUUCUGUUGCUAUUUCCACCACAUCUGCAGUGACUUCCUCCACUGAAGUCUUAAAGUGUUCACAGUCCAUGGUCAGCUCACAGUUAAUGUUGAUAAUUUGACCUCCUUCCAUGAAUCAGAGACGUUCUUCAUAGCAUCUAGAAUAGUGAAUUCUUCCCAUCAGGUUUUCAAUUUACUUUCCUCGGAUCCAUCAGAGGAAUCACUUUCUAUGGCAGCUAUAGCCUUACGAAAUGUAUUUCUUAAAUACUAAGACUGGAAAUUGAAAUUACUUCUUAAUCCAUACCCUGUAGAUUGGAUGUUCUGUUAGCAGGUAUGAAAAUGUUAAUCUCCUGUACAUCUCCAUAAGAGGUCUUGGGUUACCAAGUGCCUUGUCAACGAGCAGUAAUAUUUCCAAGGUAUCUUUUUUCUGAGCAGUAGUUAUCAUUUUCCCAAUGAUAAGUGAGAAUUGGCUUCAACUUAAAGUCAGCAGGUGCAUUAGGCCCUGACAAGAGAGUUAGCCUGUCCUUUGAAGCCUUGAAGCCAGGCACUGACUUCUCUCUGGCUGUGAAGGUCCUAGGUAAGAUCUUCUUCCAGUAGAAGGUUGUUUCGUCCAUGUUGAAAAUCUGUUGCUUAGCAUAGUGAUCUUCAUCAGUGAUCUUAAUUAGAUCGUCUGAGUAAUUUACUGCAGCUUCUCCAUUAGCACCUGUGCCUUCACCUUUAUGUUUUAGAGAUGGCUUCUUUCCUUUAACUUCAUGAACCAACUUCUGCUGGCUUCAGUCUUGUCUUUUGCAGCAUUCUCACCUCUUUCAGUGUUUAUAAAAUUGAAGAGAGUUAGGGUCCUAAUUCUGGAUUAGGCUUUGAGUUAAGGGAAUGUUGUGAUGGUUUCAUCUUCUAUCUAUACUGUCCAAAUUUUCUUCAUAUCAGCUUUAAGACACUUUUGCUUUCUUGUCACUCACUGGAGUGGCACUUUCAGUUCCCUUCAAGAGCUUUUCCUUUUCCUUCACAACUUGGCUGUUUGGUGCAAGAGGCCUAGCUUUUGCUGAUUUUGGCUUUUAACAUGCCUUCCUCCUUGAGCUUAAUAAUUUCUAGCUUUUCAUUUAAGUGAAAUAUGUGUGGCUCUUCCUUUCACUUAAACAUUUAGAGGCCACUGAAGGGUUAUUAAUUGGCCUAAUUUCAGUAUUGUUUUGUGUGAGAGAAUAGAGAGGCCCUAGGAGACAGAGAAAGAUAGGGGAAUGGCUGGUCAUUGGUACAGUCGGAACACAUGACAUGUAUUGAUUAAGUUUGUGUCACCCCAAAACAAUUACAACAGUAACAUCAGUGAUCGCUGAUCACAGAUCACCAUAAACAAAUAUAAUAUUAAUGGAAAAGUUUGAAAUAUUGAGAGAAUUAGCAAAAUGUGAUGCAGAAAAUGAAAUGAGCACAUGUUGCUGGAAAAAUGAGGCCAACAGACUUGCUUAAUGCAGGGUUACUGCAAACCUUCAGUUUGUAAAAAAUGCUAUAUCUGCAACAUACAAUAAAGUAAAGGAGAAUAAAUGAGAUGUGCCUGUAUUAGUAAAGGCCUAUUCGGCCAAAUCGUUUCAUGUAUUAAAGAUCCAUGGCUUAAUCAUUAAUCCUGGAUUCAGAGUUGAAUUUCUCAGGAAUGGAUUAUGUCAGCAAUCCAGGAUGUGCUGUUUUGAAUCCCUAGGAGUGCUGCCCAUUACACACCACUAGACGCCCCCUACACAGUCCAGUCAGUGGCCUCUGGGCUUCAAGUUAUUUUUCAAGUAGUGGGUGAUAUUUUACACUAAGUCACCUACAUUCUUAUAUUUGAAAAUGCUAUAGGUUUUGUUUUUUCUUCAGAUGCAAUAUCUGCAAUUUCAGUGACUGUCACUGGUAGAUGUUUUGUUACUUGGGAUAACAGGUGGAAAAAAGCCUUAUUUAAGCCUUGGAUAUUUUAUAUACACAAUUAGCCAUUUAUGCUUCUCCUUUAAAAAUAAACAAUUAAACAUGAAUUUGUUCAUUAGAAUCAGGUAGAGAAAGAGAUACAUCUGCAGCAAUAUUUAAAAGAAACAUUAAGGUUUAGUGUAAUAAUAUUAAGCUCUUCCAUUUAUCGAAGACCUCAUCUGUGCCAUGGCCUGCCCAGCCAUUUAUGUCCUUUAUUACUAAUCCCCACAACCACUGGUGGGCAGAACUGCAGGGAGCUAAGCCUCCAAGAGGUCACUCAGCUAGUAAAUGUCAGGGAGGUAUUCAAUCUCAGCUCUCCCAAGAGCCUAUAUUUUUCUGCUCUCCCACCAUGUCUAGCAGUGUACAAACUGCUGCCUUCUUACACUAAUCUGUUUUUACUUCUCUCUGUGUAAUGUACAGUAGUCCUAGUUUAACAUUAUUGAUAGGUUCUUGGAAACUGCGACUUAAGUAAAAUGACAUAUGGCAGGUCCUUGAAUAAUAUUGUUUCCUUCAACGUCAUUUCAUUGUAACAUUGAUGAAAAAAAUUGCUUCAUUAAUACUUUUUUGGCUUAAAAUCAGUUUACAAAAAUGUAUCAACAACAUUAAGUGAGGACUUACUGUACUUUAUCUCCAAUUCUUCAGUCUUUUCAUAUCAAUUAGAAUUCACCUUUCUACACCUUCCUAGUAGCCACCUGAGACUUCCAGCUUCUCAUGGAGAAUCUACCACUUUGAAUGCUGAGAGCUUUUUUCUAUUCCUACACCCUACACUGUUCUUGACCUGGAAAAGCUCAGUGGACUGUUCUCAUCUAUAAAAGAAACCCCUUUGCCUUCUAUGUGCAUAAAAGUAAAAAAGCCAAGAUUUCUGUUAAAACCUCACAUAGCAUCCUCUUCAGUUUGUUCCCCUCUGUUGAUAUGACUGUUUGUAAACUCCUCAUAAGCCAUUAUUAACCCCUCCUUUAAAAUAAACAGGCUAAUUACUGUUUUGUGAUCCCUCUUUAUUUCCAGCAAGUCCACUUAAGAAACAAAUGAUAUUUAUUUUUAAAUGGCUAUAUUAGCAUGUUUUUCUUUUUAAAAUUUGCAUGUCUUAAGUGUAUUUUCAAAGGAAUGUCUGAGUGGUAAAUGGCUAAAGAAAUGAGCAUCUGGUUACAAUUUGAUCCCUUUCUUGCCAGUCCUUACCUGUUAUUUGAUUAUUCCAAGUCAUAAUCACUUUUACUGAACUGAUUGAACUAUGCUACUAUGACGUAUCCAGCUUUAAAGUUCCUGCCCAAGAUUUCAGGCCAAUUUGUCAUCUAUCCUGUUGACUUUCUUCCGCUGCCAGAAGUUUCCUCCUCUAAUCAAAGAAUUAUUUCCCCCUUAUAAGUAGGAUUUUACUUUGCCAUUCUAUCUCUUCUUUCUCCUCCUUACCACUAAUCCAAAAGAGGGAAUCUACUUUCUUCUCAAAAAAAUAGGAUGCUGGCUGUACAUGGUGACUCACCUGUAAUCCCAGCACUUUGAGAGGUCGAGGAGGGAGGAUCACUUGAAGCCAGGAGUUUGAGACCAGCCUAGGCUACAAACCGAGACCCCCAUCUCUAAAAAGAAAAAGAAAAAAAAAGAAUGCCUGCAUCAUUUCAACUGCUACCAAAUCUGGCUUAAAAUUGCAUUAUGGAUUCCUUCUUCAAUUAAAGUUACCAUAGCAGUUAUCACUCACCAUAAUUAAAUGGAAGGGAGCCUUUAUGAUGAAAUGAAUGUGAGGCUGAGACAAAUAUCAGCUCGUACCCCUAGUCUUGUUACUAGCUUUACAGCCAUUAGCAAAAGUUCCUUAAUUUCUCUGACCUUUGAGUCUUCACUUAUAAUUUAGAGAUAAUUAAAUUAGAUAUUCAAUUCAAGUGGAUUUUUUAAGGAUUUAGUGAGAUGGUACCAUGCUUGGCACUUAAUUUCUUCACUGUACAAAAACAUAUUAACAUUUACUAAAGAGCUUAUACAAACUACUGAAAAAUGUAAACAGUGUUGAUAGGUGCACUGAGUUCUAUACAGUUUUAUCACCUGUGUAUGCUUGUGUAUCGACCAACAUAGUCAAGGCACUGAACAGUUCUGUCAACACAGGAAUCCCUCCUCUAGGUCUUUUAUAAUCACACCCUCUCCUCUCCACCAUCCUUAACCCCUGCAAUCAUUGCUGUGUCCUUUACUUGUAAAAUGUUGUCAUUUCAAAAACGUUAUGUAAAUGGAAUGCUACAAUAUGUAACCUUUAGAGACUGACUUUUUUCACUCAGCAUAAUUCCCUAGAGAUUCUUCUAAGACAUGUAUAUUGAUAGUGGGCUGCUUUUUAUUGCUGAGGCGUGUUUGUUGUGUGGAUGUACAAUUUAACCAUGCACCUGGGCUGAUUCCAGGUUUUGGCUAUCAAAAUAAUGCCGACUUAAACAUUCGUGUACAGAUUAUUGUGUGACCAUAAGUUUCUAUUUCUCUGAGACAAAAUCCUAAUCUGAUGUUGUUAGGUCAUGUAGUCAUUACAUGUUUAGUUUUUAAAAUAAACUGCCAAACUGUUUUCUUGAAUGGCUCUACUCUUAUAUUCCCCUACUCAGCAAUGUAUGGAAGACUCAGUUUCCUUGCCAGCCUUUGGUGGUGGUACUGUAGCUUAUUUUGAAGCCAAAUUUGUGACCGCUUUCUUUACUUGAGCUAACCAAAUAAAUUUGCUAGAAACCCAUGUGGAGUGACCAGAUUUAGAAAGGAAUGUAGUCAUAUGUGAUAUGCUACAGUCUAGUUAUAUGCCAUAUCAGGGCAUAAUGGAAGUGUCCCCACUAAAUGCCACUCUCCCCCAGAAAAUUCAUUCACUUAACUUUUAACAGCCUAACUUUGUAUGAUAAGUCAAUUUGAUUUUGAGAUAUUGGCCUCUUCAGUCUCUACAUAAUGAACAAAAAAGGGCUCGGCUUUCCUUUUGUCAACAGCAAUAACAGAUUAUAUCCAAGCUCCUUUAUUAAUAUUUCCCAAUUUAUUAAUAUUGGGAAAUAUUAAUAAAGGAGCUUGGUUAUAAUUUGUUUCUUUCUCCCUUGUUUGACAAUUUUAUUGUCUUCUAGAGGAAAGAGAUAUUUUUUGAAAGGAUUUUUGAACACCCAAAUCAGCACCUUUGAGUUUGCACUGGUCUAGAAAUGAAGACACUGGAGUAGGAGUUAGAAGACAUUUGUUAGAGUCCUUGCCUAAUUAGCUAUGUCACUUUAACCCAGUUUCCUUCUCCAGAAUGGUUUGCUCAGCUGUAUAAAAUGGUUGGACUAGAUCAACAGCUCUCAAACCUAGCAAGCAUUAGAAUCACCGGGAUAACCUAUUAAAACACCCCUUGCUGGGUCCCACCCUUAGAUUCAGUAAGUCUGGAGUGGGGCACCGUAAUUUGCCUUUCUAACAUGUUCUCAAGUGAGGCCAGCAAUGCUGGUCCAGAAACAACCCCUGAGAACCACUCGGCUGGACUAUUUUAAAGUGCUUCCUGGGACUGUCAGUGAAUACUACCCCCUCCCCAAGCCCUGCUCCCUCACCAAACUACUCAGAUUUGCUUUCUGGUGAAAUAAGUUAUUCACUUACUCUUUUUUGUUGUUUUUUAAGUGAUGCAGAUGCAUAGUAAAAUAUAAUGCAGCAAUUAAAAAUAUCCUAGAACAGUAUUAUAUGAAAAUUACUACAGUAUAUAUU